AUAUUCCAAUUCUUAAAUGUGACUGUUACUUUAAAUUGUCAUCCAGUGUCAGAAAGUUGAUCAACUUCUUCAAUCAAUUUCCACUCUCUCACUCAUACACAUAUUGAUUAUUAGUAAUAUUGCUUUUCUCAUCAUUCUAAACAAUAUCAUCUAUCCUCUCACUCGGUGUAUAUAUUUAUUAAUCUCACAUUCUCACUUUUCUCUCUCUAUCUCUUCCUCUCUCUCUCUCUCUGAAACACUCACACUCUCUCUUUCUCUCUCUUUCUCUCUCUGUCUUCUUCCUUUCAUCUUGCUUUUUAUUUACUUCAAUUUACUUCUUAAUUAGUUAUCAUUUAUUCUUAAUUAAUCUUUAAUAACUCAAUUAACUUAAAUUAAUUGAAUCUAAUUAAACAUCGUGAAUGUGUGUGUUUAUCUAUCCUUGUAUCAUGGGGAACGAGAACAACGUAACCAACAAUGUGAACAACAACAACAGUGCCUCUGGUCUGAUCUCCAAUAGUGUCAAUCCAAAUCCGAUUUCAAACAAUUCAACAACAAACAAUAACGUAAAUGGUGCUAAUGGACCAUCAAAGAAGAAGAAAACAAGAACAACGUUCACUGGUUUCCAAUUAGAGGAACUUGAAAAGGCCUUUCAACGAGCUCCAUAUCCUGAUGUUUUCGCUCGCGAAGAGUUGGCCGAACGAUUGAAUUUGAGUGAAUCCAGGGUACAAGUUUGGUUUCAAAAUCGACGUGCUAAAUGGCGGAAACAUGUCCCACCACGGAAAUCGCUUUCUCAUUCAGUUCUAGGAGCUAAUGGUACAUUUAAUGCUACUAAAAGCUUAUUAACCCAACCACAAAUUCCUAUUUCAACCUAUCAACCUGGUCAACAACAACAACAACAACAACAACAACAACAACAACAACAGUUACAAACAACAUCUUCAACGUCACCGCAAUUACUUCAGCAACAACAUUCAUCCCCAUCACCACCUCAACACCAACUACAACAACUUCAACUUUCUCCAUCCCAACAACAGUCACAGGGAAGUCCACCUCAUCAAGUUUCGCCUACAACGAUGAUUUGUACUCCCUCUUUCUCGCCUAAUGGACAGAUGACCUUAGCACCUCAAACACAUAAUCUUCACCAUCAUGCUCAUCUACACCAUCAUCACCUAGCUCAACCUCAACAACAGUCCCAACAACAAGCUCAACAACAACAACAACAACAACUUGCACCUCAACUCACCCAAUCAAUAGCAAGUACUAGUUACGCAUCUCCAAUGCACAAUGGUUCCUAUGUUAAUCAUCCGUCACUCGAUCAAACUGAUUCAACUUAUUCCAAUUAUGAAUUUCCUGGAAUGUAUUCUACACCUACACCCGAUUAUUUAACAACAUCUAAUCAACAUCUAUCAGGGCACAAUUUUUAUAUCACUUCGGAACCAUUUGAAAUGAUUGAAGCAACAGAAAUUCAAAACAUCAAAAUGGAACCCUGUUAAUUAUAUUUAGAAAACUAUUUUCCAUCAUAUAAUAAUCUAAAUUAACAUUUAAAUCUCAUCUAUUAUGGGACUUUCUUUUUUUUGUAUACAAAUAUGAGAAAGUUGAUAUACAAUUUAUUCUGAGAACGAAACAAUUAUCAACUUAAACUUAUAUAUAUCACCAAUCAUCAUUCAUUUACAAUUAAUCUUAAUCAUCUCUUUUUCCACAUUAUAUAUUCUUAAUUAUAAAAUAUAUAAAUUUCUCUUCAUAUUCCAAUUAGUAUGAGAUGAGAAAAUUAUCAACGAAAACCAAAAAUUGAAACGAUUUGAUGUCAAGUCGAUCUCAUGGUUUAUUCAACUGGAAGCGUGCCUCAAAUAGAAUUGAACAUAUCCAACAAUUAACGGAAAUUAAUCCAAUUGAUGGACUUAAUUUCUUUCGAUUUUGAUUGUUCAUUUUCGCCCUUUUAAUUUUAUUUCUUCUUCUUAUGAAAACUUAAUUUUUUCCUCUUCAUCUUUUUCCAUAUUCACUAUUGUUCCUAAUAUAUUAUUUCCUCUCUCAUUUCUGAUGAUUUAUGUGCAAACAUGUGAUUGUAACAAUUUACACACCAAACUCUAAAUCAAGUCAAAAUUUAACUCAAUCUCUAGUUAACCAUACUGAUCAUCUUAUUAUUGAUUAUAUCCUCAUUCAUUUGUUCAUUAUAUUUAAUUGUAAACACAAUAAAACCAAAUCCUCAAUUGUGCAUCUUUUUUUUACUUUAUCAAUAAAGUAUAUGAUUAAUUAAUCUGUGA